CCGCAAUCUGUUAUAUUUUGUAGUAACAUAUUUGCGGAUGUUUUGAGUGCGAUCGUACCGGUAUGGAGACAUUAAACUUAUUCCCAUCGGACCCUCGAAGCGCUUUGCAUGUCGACGAUACCUUUGAAUAAUAACCCGGAGGCACGGGAACGGAACGGAUAGUUUGACCAAUGAUCCAGGUUUACAUACAAUUACAUACGGCCUCCGCGCACAUCGUCGCAACUAUUUACUAUAUUUACAUGCACGCGGAUGUGGGGUCACUUUGGUGCGACAAACAUUGACGCAUCGGAAAAUGAAACUUCACAACAUGUGGUGACACAGCCCAGCGUUUAAUUUGGGAGUGCAGUUUUGUUAUGAUAUCACUAUGGACGACGUGAAGAGUCCAACGACACUUUCUACUGCAUAAUUCACAAUCUGGAAAGAAAUACACUGUCCCAAAAGGCAGCACAGGAUGCCGGGACGGGUGGGCGGUAGCACAUAUGGAUCAAACCGGACACAUUUACUCGCCAAGGACGGUUUAGCUGAUUAGGAAGCAAAUCCCUUCCGAAAGCUUUGCCGCGCGGAGCACAGUUUAAUAAUGCCGCGCUGUGCUGAUACCGAGAUACGUAUCACCCGGUAUCAUUAUUUUCAGCGGCGACGGCGUUCAGGAGUACGUACAAUACUUAUACGCACAUCGCGAUGUUGACUUGUUGUGGAGCGUGACACUGUACACAGUAGCCGGCACUAACGGGCAUACAACAGGACGGAAAUCGAGUCGGAGCGGGUUGACAAAGAGAAGGAGUAUAAGAUUUCGGCUCCGGAGGUUUUUAUUAAUUAUCUCACAUUUCAAUUCGAUGCAAUUGCAGUGCUAUUUUAGCCGAAAAAGACGCCGACCGCAAGAGGAGGCCGACCAGAGUAAAUUAGAUUACCAAUUAUAUAAAGGAAGCGGCUUAUUUAGCAUGGAAUACGACAUGGCCUGUACGUGAUGAUAAACAUGCUUGUUAAUCACAUCGCGUAUAAUGCCCGUCGUCUCCCGCGCAAAUCCCCGACAUUAAUACUAUGGAUUUUUUUCAUCGGCUAACAAUGGACGCUGAAAGUCAGGAUCAUGAUCAUCACGGUAGGAUUUUUUAUCCCGCGAUACAGUAUGGCAGUCGGCGCAACCAUCAAAGAUUAGGCGGAAGCUGUGUAUGUGUGGAUUGCGUGCGCCGGCAAAGCGGCCAGCCACGGAAUAAUUACUGUCCUCUUUAGUCACACAUACCCAUACCCACAAAACUAAACUGCCACUGACCGGUUGUGCUGCCAGUGCGUAACACGAUUAUCCGUUGGAUCCUGGCGAUGAUUAAUUUUCCUUUUUGUAAACCUUUUUGGAACGGUAACAGUUUUUAUAUCUAUACAUGCACAUCCUGCCUGCAGAGCAUUGUAUAAAAAAUGGCAAGUUCAGUGGCAGUCAGGAAAUCUUCAGUGCACCAUGUAUGCUUUUCUUGUCCUUGUCGGGAUGGAUUUAAUGAUAUUAAUUGAUUUGCAUGAUGUGAGCCGCUGUCACACGUAUGUCCAGAUACGCUGCCGGCAUCCCUGAUGCAGACUACACUUCUUUAUUUGUUGGCGGAUGUGUUUUAGCAUACGAUGGUUACCAAUAUUAUUGGUGCAGUGAAUAUUGCCGAUCAUGACAAACUGCUUUUUGAUGGAAACUUUUCUAACAAUGGGACCGAAAAGGUUAACCCGGAAUACAAGCUGGGGACACUGGGUGCCACGUUUCUGCUCAUCUUCCUGGGAUUAAUGACAAUUGUUGGCGUGGUUGGAAAUGUGCUUGUGAUACUUUCCGUGGCUCUUAACCGCAAAUUGCGCACAGUCACCAACUGCUUCAUCGUGUCUUUGGCCGUGGCAGAUUUACUUGUCGCUAAUUUCGUCAUGCCAAUUAGCGCCGUCAUGGAAGUAACGGGUGGUGAAUGGUAUUUCGGCACCUUGGUCUGCUGGAUAUUUAUCUCAGCCGAUGUGUUUCUCUGUACUGCCAGCAUUUGGAAUUUGUUGAUUAUCAGUUGGGAACGGUUUAUGGCUAUCAGCUGGCCAUUGUGGUAUGGGGCGCGGCGGACGAAGAAAGUGGCCAUUUAUUUGAUCGCUUUAGCAUGGACAGUCUCGGUGGUCAUUUGCAUGCCGCCGCUGUUUCUCCAGGGCAUCUUUGAAGAUGCAACAGCCGGGGGAGGCUGCAAUUAUGUCACCAAUGAAAUCUAUCGUGUUUAUUCGGCCUGCGGCUCCUUCUGGAUUCCAUUGGCUAUUAUCUUGUUCUGUUAUGCUCGCAUCUUCUCCGUGGCUGGCCGUAAAAAUCAGAUCCUCGAUCGGCAUAAAUCAUGCAGUUACUCCAGUAUAAAACACAAUCCGGUCCGUCCCGUGCUUAAUGGACCUAAUAAUGUUGCGCCGUCCUAUCCGUCCACCAGCUCCAAUGAACUACACGAUGUGGGUGGACUCCUACAGCAGCUGCCGGCCACGGCACGACAAAUGGUCCUCCGCGGUGCUUCGAUUACCGAAACCCAUCUCUCGUCGUCGACGGCCUUAAUUGAGAUUAAAUUCGAUGACGUGUCGCCCAUUGCUAAUUUCCCCAUGGCCUCGGCCACCGCCCCGCCAAUAAUCGGCAACGGAUUGGAUCGGACACGCAGCCUGCGACUGGACGAGUUACCGCGCGGGCGCGGUCUGCGCCGGCGUGUCACGGUCAACGGGCAGGCGGCUCUCUCGCGGCUGUCCAGUUUUAAGGACCGGGAACGCAAGGUCUUUAAAGUCCUGCUGAUUAUUUUGUGCUCAUUUGUGGCCUGCUGGUUCGGAUUCUUUCUCAUUUAUACACUGCAGCCGUUUUGUGAAGGAUGCCGCCAACUGGAUCACCGAAUUUAUGCGUUCUUUGUAUGGCUGGGUUAUUUUAACUCCGCACUGAACCCACUCAUUUAUGCCGGGUUUUCCAAAGAGUUUCGCACAGCGUUUUUGAAUAUUUUAUGUUGUAAAUGUCUGCUUAAGCGGCGCCGCAAAGGAUCGGCAUGCACCGGUAAAGUUUAAUUGGCGUCCUGUUGCGGUUAUGCGUUACUGAACCAGGGAGGGGAAACAGCUCAUUCAA